AUGGCUGCCUCGGACGCAGUAGAUAAGUGCGUUCUGCAGCGAGGCAGAUCACAAAGUGACCCGAACAUCCUCACCGAGUCUGGCAUCGAUCUAGCACGCGGAGCAGAUGUGAUGGACCAGCAGAGGGUGCUGUGCUCCAGUUGCCUGGUAACCGGUGUGCAUACUCCCCCUAUCCGCCGCAACAGCAAACUGGCCACACUGGGACGCAUCUUCAGACCCUGGAAAUGGAGGAAAAAGAAAAAUGAAAAGAUGAAGCAAAGCUCCACAGAUGUGGCACUGGCCUGUGGCCUUCAUUCACCAGACCCUGGCUCUCCCAUCCAAGGAGUGUCAGAUACAGACAUGAGGCUUCCCGGCUCUCAGGCUCCCAUACUGAGCGUGAGCAGUAUGGAGUACCUGAGUUCAGAGCAGGACAAUCUCCCCUUGGUGCCUGAUUCUACAGAAGAAAGUGAAAUGACAGAAGAGCCAGACCCACAGGAGGAUGAAGAGGAUGAGAAAGAUUCAGCUUCCCUAGAUGAUCCCACUGUGGGUGCACAAGAGAAUGAAGAGGAGCCUGAGGAAGACUGUGAGGAAGAGGCACCACAGGGUCAUUCCCCGCCCAGCACUCUGCCUCCCCAGCUGAACAGUGAAGAAGAUCCAUCUAAAUCAAUUACGCCUCAGCCACAGACAAAUUCGUAUCUCCCAAAAGACCCCUCCAGAGCUCCUGAGGGUCCCAGCCCCAUCUUGCUGAGGGGCCCUUUCUCCAACGCCGUGGGCUCACCCCAUCUAGGCACUAUUCACCCACCACUGCCCCCUAGCUGCAUUAUAGAGGAACUACACCGUGCCUUGGCCACAAAGCUGAGACAGGACAGCACAGAGAGGGAGCCAGGCAGCGAGGUAGAGAACAGGAAAGAGGUAGAGGAAAACAAAGAAAAUGUCCACCAGGAUCACUGUUUUACUGAUGCCUCUGGACUCAUCUAUGAUCAAGACAGCUGGAAUGAGUCUGUUAUCUCUGGAACGUUGCCUCGCAGAAUGAGGAAAGAGCUGCUGGCAGUGAAGCUACGCAAUCGACCCAGCAAGCAGGAGCUGGAAGACCGGAAUAUAUUCCCGGCUCGGAGUGACCAGGAGCGGCAGGAAAUCCGACAGCAAAUAGAAAUGAAGCUCGCCAAACGACUCAGUCAGAGACCGGCAGUUGAGGAGCUGGAGAGCCGGAAUAUCUUGAAACAGAGAAAUGACCAAACAGAGCAAGAGGAGAGGAGAGAAAUCAAGCAAAGGUUGAACAGAAAGCUCAACCAGAGGCCCACAGUUGAUGAGCUGCGAGACAGAAAGAUCCUUAUUCGUUUCAGCGAUUAUGUGGAGGUGGCCAAAGCUCAAGAUUAUGACAGGAGAGCAGACAAGCCCUGGACAAGGCUGUCAGCAGCAGAUAAGGCGGCAAUUCGGAAAGAGCUGAAUGAGUUCAAAAGCACUGAGAUGGAAGUGCAUGCCUCUAGUAAGCACCUAACAAGGUCAAAUGUCCACCCCAUCCCGCCAUCUCCCAACACAGGUUUCACAGGCCUUAAGGAAACUUUCUUCUGUGAAGAAAUAACACUGGAGCCAACGUCUGAACCACUGAAAUCCUGGAGGAGACUCCUCCAGUUCCCUGGCACUGUCCAUGGGAUGUGCUGA